UGCCAACUUUGCGUUUGCGUUUGCUCAAGACUACACCGUCCCUGCGAUUGUUUAAAAACUUUCAAUGCAAACAAAAAUAAAUCAAUAACUUCAGCCUUGCUGCCAGGCAGAGGAGACAGAACCUGAACGCAGUCGGACAUUAACCAGAGCUCUGCAGAUACGUCACGGGGAGCUAGAAAUACUCAAUCGAACCCGAGGGCUCAGAAGAGCGUUUGGUUGUCUGCGUCGUUGAAAACGGCUUGCUUUGGAAAACAAAGUUUUUCUUGCAAAAUUUCGGCGGCCAGAGUGGAUGGAGAUGCUGCUGUUAUUGCUGGUUCUGCUGCCUGGCUCUCUGGCAGUACCGGAAGAUCUAACAGGGAAAGCCUUCAGUUUUCCGUACAGUAGUAGUUUUGGCAGCGUGAACAUAACGUCUGAUCAACGCAAUUCCCUUAAGAACUUCACCCUCUGCUUCCAAUAUCAACCCAGUGCUGGAUCCAUUAAUCCUCUCUUCUCUCUCUACCCCACGAACGGCUCCUGCAGCUUCAGCCUGAGCAAGAACUACGAUCGGCAGUACAGACUCUACGUCUGCGGCAACACGCUGUCCUUUUGCUGCAGCUCGGUGUUUCAGGAUUUUCCCGGCUGGGUCCGAGUCUGCGUCACCUGGGACUCUCGCACAAGGGUGGCUCAGCUGUGGGAGAACGGGAAGGGGAGUGUGAGGAAAGGGCUAGAGUCUAGACCCAUUUCGCUUUCGGAGGAGGGAACCCCCAACGUCGUACUGAAUUCCGGGAGCAGUCCUUUCCAAAUCUCGGACAUCAACUUGUGGGAUCGAGAGCUGCCGCCUUGGGAAAUAAUGGCGCACGGUACAGGCAACGUGUUGAGCUGGGAGUCGGUGUGGUACACUACAAGGGGCGCUACCCUUCUGGAAAGUAAGAGAUAGAUACAGUCAUGGCCGCUCGAUUCCUUUUCCAAGGCACGGGGAGUGAACCAACGUAGAUCAAAACUGUAGGUUUUCAGAAUAGCCUGGUAGUUUGUCUGUUUAAUUUUCAAUAAAGCUGCAAUUGCAAUGCAAAGAGAA